GGCCUGCCCUGUCUGCCUCUGAGCCUGCUGGGAGCUGGGGGGAGAAACCGUCGAGGGAGAGCGAGCAAGGGGGGAAGUGUGUGUGUGAGUGUGUGUGCGGGUCCCGAGCUGGAAACCAACACCAAAAAGCACACACACUCACGAUUCAAGUCGACUUUAAAGCCCUCCGGACGGGUUGUUGGCACUUCUUUUCAGGGAGCACACGGAGCCCCCUGAAACUUGCGUGAUUGUUUUUUUCUUCUUCUGUGGUGGCAGCAGUGCUGUUGCGCCGCGCCGACUGCUGAGACUUGACUGGAUUCAUUGGUUGGAGCAGCAUUGCGCAUUGACCCCGCUGUGUAUCCACCGUUUACCCAGAGAGGGAAGAGGGAACAAUGAGGAGCUAAACGUUUUCUUCUUGCUUCUGGUCGAGCUUGUUGCUCAGUUAAAUUCUUCUUCAUUUUGUCUCGCGCCUCUUCUUCUCUGCCUCGCGGUCAUUUUUCUCGCCCUGUGUGGGAUGCGUCGGCUGCUGUAGGAUCCCGCUUGUUGACAAACAGUUUUAUUUGCAAGAAGUUUACAACAAGCUUCGGCUAUAAGAAGACAGAAAAUGUCCACGCCGAGGUUCAAAAAGGAUAAAGAAAUCAUCGCGGACUACGAGAGUCAAGUCAAAGAGAUUCGAGCCCAGCUGGUGGAGCAGCAGAAAUGCCUGGACCAGCAGACAGAGAUGAGGGUCCAGCUGCUGCAGGACCUCCAGGACUUCUUCAGGAAGAAGGCAGAGAUUGAGAUGGAAUACUCCAGAAACCUGGAGAAACUGGCCGAACGCUUCAUGGCAAAGACUCGCAGCACCAAGGAUCACCAGCAGUACAAGAAAGACCAGAACCUGCUGUCUCCAGUCAACUGUUGGUACCUGCUGCUGAACCAGGUGAGGAGGGAGAGUAAGGACCACGCCACACUGAGCGACAUCUACCUCAACAACGUCAUCAUGAGGUUCAUGCAGAUCAGUGAGGACUCCACACGGCUACUCAAGAAGAGCAAGGAAAUAGCCUUUCAGCUUCAGGAAGAUUUAAUGAAGGUCCUAAAUGAGCUAUACACGGUGAUGAAGACCUACCACAUGUACCACUCGGAGAGUAUCAGUGCCGAGAGCAAGCUGAAGGAGGCUGAGAAGCAAGAGGAGAAGCAGAUCGGCAGGGGAGAUCCGGUCUUCAGCAUCCGAAUGGAGGACAAAUACCAGAGGCGCAGCUCUGUGAAGAAAAUCGAGAAGAUGAAAGAGAAGCGUCAAGCCAAGUACUCCGAGAACAAGCUGAAGUCGAUCAAAGCGCGGAACGAGUACCUACUGACACUGGAAGCGUCAAACUCCUCCGUUUUCAAAUACUACAUCCACGACUUGUCAGACUUAAUUGAUUGCUGUGAUUUGGGGUACCAUGCCAGUCUAAACCGGGCCCUGCGAACCUACCUGUCAGCCGAAUACAACCUUGAGACGUCACGCCACGAAGGUCUUGACAUCAUUGAGAACGCCGUGGACAGUCUGGACCCACGAAGUGACCGACAGAGGUUCAUGGAGAUGUACCCUACUGCCUUCUGCCCACCGACAAAAUUUGAGUUCCAGCCUCACAUGGGAGACGAGGUGUGUCACAUCUCAGUGCAGCCACCGGUGAACGGAGAGCUCAUCCUGAGGUUCCAGCAGCUUCAGUCUCGCCUUGCUACUCUGAAGAUCGAGAACGAGGAGAUCAAGAAGACGUCAGAGGCCACCCUGACCACCAUCCAGGACAUGGUGACCAUUGAAGACUAUGAUGUGUCCGAGUGUUUCCACCACAGCAGAUCCACAGAGUCGGUCAAGUCCACUGUGUCGGAGACGUACCUCAGCAAACCCAGCAUUGCCAAGAGGAGGGCGAACCAGCAGGAGACAGAGCAGUUCUACUUCAUGAAAUUCCGGGAGUUUCUGGAGGGCAGUAAUCUCAUUUCCAAACUGCAGGCCAAACAUGACUUGCUGAAGAGGACACUUGGUGAAGGCCACAGAGCUGACUACAUGACCACAAGACAUCCCAACGGGCCAUACAAAACCCACACCGGCACCCGGCGGGCUAGACCCCGCUCUGUAUUUAAUGUUAGGUUAUUUAAUGGCAAUUUGGAGUCAUUUAUCAAGGACUCUGGACAAGCUAUCCCCCGUGUGGUUGAGAGCUGUAUUCGCUACAUAAAUUUGUAUGGUCUCCAACAUCAAGGAAUAUUUCGUGUAUCUGGAUCCCAGCUGGAAGUCAACGACAUCAAGAACUCGUUCGAAAGAGGAAACGACCCCCUGACGGACGAGGAGAACAAUCAUGACAUCAACUCGGUGGCUGGCGUUCUCAAACUUUACUUCCGUGGUCUGGAGAAUCCUCUUUUCCCCAAGGAGAGGUUCAAUGAUCUGCUGUCCUGCAUCAGAAUAGACAACCUGUAUGAGAGAGCGCUGUACAUCCGUAAGAUCCUCCUGACCAUUCCUAGAUCAGUCCUCAUCGUCAUGCGCUACCUUUUCGCCUUCCUCAACCACCUGUCCCAGUACAGUGACGAGAACAUGAUGGACCCGUACAAUCUGGCCAUAUGCUUCGGCCCCACACUCAUGCCCACACCAGACAGCCAGGACCAGGUCUCCUGCCAGGCCCACGUCAACGAGAUCGUCAAGACCAUCAUCAUCCACCAUGAGACCAUCUUUCCUGAUGCCAAAGAACUGGACGGGCCCAUCUAUGAGAAGUGUAUGGCUGGAGGAGACUACUGUGAGAGCCCCUACAGUGAGCAUGGAGCCCUGGAGGAAGUAGAAAAUGAGGGAGGGACAGAAACACACACCAGCGAGGACGAGGGCGAGCCCAUUGAAGCCAUUGCCAAGUUUGACUACGUUGGGCGCUCUUCCCGAGAGUUGUCCUUCAAGAAGGGUGCCUCCCUGCUGCUGUAUCAGCGGGCGUCAGAAGACUGGUGGGAGGGACGGCACAACGGCAUCGAUGGCCUGGUGCCACACCAGUAUAUUGUUGUCCAAGACAUAGAUGACAACUUCUCAGACACUCUGAGUCAGAAGGCUGACAGCGAGGCCAGCAGCGGCCACGCAGGAGAGGAUAAAUGCUCGGGAAAAGACAUCAGCUCGCCCUCUGACACCAGGAUCUCUGAGGCCUAUAUCACCAGCAGGCACAAGAAAAGAUCAGAGCCACCAUCUCGGCGGCCCCCUGCCCGCCCCACUGAUGUCCACUGCAUGGUGCAUCCCUCUCAGCACGGUCACGGAGGACACGGAGGCACCCCAGAGAUGGGCUCCCCAGUUCUGGGCCACUUCAGCCCACGGGACAUGCUGCGGAGCCGCAACCAUAUGCCCAUGGACAGCCCCGAACGUCGGCGCCGCACCGGCCACGGCAGCCUGACCAACAUCAGCCGCCACGAGUCGCUGAAGAAGAUGGAGAGCCCCCCAAUCCGACGCUCCACCUCUUCGGGCCAGUACACGGGCUUCACCGACGCCCACCACCACCACGGCGGCAAGCCCCUGGAUCCGGAGACCAUCGCACAGGACAUAGAAGAAACUAUGAACACCGCUCUGAACGAGCUGCGUGAGCUGGAGCGGCAGAGCUCAGCCAAGCACGCCCCUGACGUGGUGCUGGACACCCUGGAGCAGCGGCAGACCUCCGGCGGCAGCGGCGGAGGUCCCACGCCGGCCAGCUCCAGCGAGUCCCUCAGUCCCAUUCACGGCGUCAUGCUGAGGUCCACCGCCAACACAGAGCCACCCAUCCGCCGCAGCACCAGCUCCUCCAGCGACACUAUGAGCACCUUCAAGCCUCUGGUAGCGCCUCGCAUGGGGGUGCAACUCAAACCCCCGGCCUUGAGGCCUAAGCCCAUGGUCCUGCCGAAGUCCAGCCAGGCCUCACAGCCUCCGGCUACAGCUGCUCAGGACCCUCUGGACAAGUCCUGCACCAUGUAACCUCUGGGACAGGAGCCAGAGAUGGAAAACAGUAACUCUCAAUCCACCAGGGAGCUGCAAGAUGCUACCAGUGUCUGGUCUUCAUUGACAUACAACAUAUAAUAUCUAAGAGCGUGUAAAAUACAUGGACCUGCACAGGAAGAGAUGUUUCCUCGUGGAGCUUUGAAGCAAGAUCAUAAAGAGGACUCUGACAGGAUCUGAGAGACUCGUGUAGCAGUGGUGACAGAUGUCAGUCGGACAAAUCCUCUGUCUCAAUAUGUGCACAGAUGUGUUAAUAUCCUUAGGUUAAUGUUAUCUAACAAAUGUCUUUUUUUUUUUUUUUAAGAAAUUUAAACAACAAAUCACAAAGGCUUCCUUCAAGGUUUUAGAAAAAUGAACACUAGUUCAGUUUAGUUUACAGACAUCCAUGAACUGUGUAACAUUGAACAGGCUGCAUGUAGCUCUUCUGUUUACCACUGAACCCGAAACGGAGCUUGAUGGGACCCGUAGCGACCACAGCGGCGUUCUCACACAUAGAACUAGAUGAUGUACUUCUUGCUUUUAACUUAGGAGGGCCGUUGAAGGUGACUGGUUAAAAGGCCUUAUUGACUUUGAGAUGUAACUGAUUUCACAUGUUAAAUAUUCUAAAGGUGCUGUGACUACCUGGACGGAAACGGUUUGAAGGUUGGACUGAUGAUGGGCCUGAAGAGCCCUUUAACAACUAACGGUACUUUGUUGAUAGAUAGUAGUACUGAUAGCUGUGUGCUUUCUUCACUAGCGUGUAAACUCUGCAACUUUCUUUGGCAAGGCAUAGCGUCUGUUGUGUCUCCGAAAUGUACAAAGAUCACCUCCGUGCUGGAUUCACUCAAAUUUAUCAGAACACUUUUCCCAUAUUGCCUGGAAUGAGAUAUGACUAUUGGGUAAAACCACUACUUUAAUAUGAACUUUGUUUGAAUUUGAUGCAUUCUUGAAAUCCUGCAUUAAUAACUCAUGAUGCGGGCUGAAAAUACACCUAAUAAUAACUUAUGCCUAUGCAUCUGUAUAAUAGAAAUGGAGCAGGGUGGGAAAAAAAUCAUCUCCGGCCCACAGUAUAUACAACACAUUAUGCUAUUAUACGGUGUGGAAGCUUCUUUUACGCCUUGCUUGGCUUUAUCUACCCAAAGACAUGACUGUGUGAGUUCAAAGCAUGGAUGUUGACCCUCCAUGUAGACAUUCUUCAUAUUGACUUAUGUGUAUAGACUCAUGGCAGCGCCCUGCGGGAGCGCUGCCGGUAGCCAUGGACCUAAUGACUGUUAGUGUGAAAGCCUCCUUAUAUGUUCGCCCUGCUUUCUUGUGCUUCUCUGGAAAAAAAGCAGCUUGUGUUGUGUCCCUCCAGUCUAUUUUAUGUUCAGGUGAGAAUGUCAAUAACGUGUUUUUGUAUUGUACUCUGACUUAUGUUGAGGCUCUCUCUGUGGAUUGUCCAGAUUUGUGGAUAAUGGCUCCUCUAAAACCAGCGGAAGUCUCAUACAAUCAGUGAUGAACAGCCCGUGUUUGUCCAGAUUGAGUAAUAAUUUCAAAUGCAAUAGCCCCGUAAAACUGUACGUGCCCGAGCUCUAACUGUGUGACUGGACCACCCUAUGUCUUUGUUUCAAAAUAACCUCAGUACUGUCUAGAUAACAGAACUGGGUGCAUGUCCUGGGAAUGUUUGGCUAGCAUAAUAACACACAGAGAAGACUUGGUUUGCGAUGAAUAAGCAGUGCUCUCUAACAGCAGGUUUACACUAUCUUUGACUUGACAGAUAUUGCGUGUAUAAUAAUCGAAAAAAGAUGAUUAAUUUCUGACGUACUAACUUUCAUUAUUUUUGUAAUCAUUUUUGUUAUGGUUGUCGUGUUUCUGGGUAGAAAAGACUUAGAACAAACGAUGUAGAAUAAAUAUCCAGAGAUACAAUAUGAAGCCAGUUGUAAAAAGAAAAUAAAAGUGUGCUUUUGUCACUAUGUUAACAUCAUCAACAGUAGGACUCCGUUAGGCCGUCUGUAGGCUUUAAGCUACUCCGUGGUGUUCUGUACAUCUGUAGUAUGUACUUGUGAAAGUGCCUUUGAAAAUAUUUUAGAGGAACUUAAGAUUUUCAUGUCCGGUGCUGUAUUAUUUUUUAUUUUAUUUUCGAAAAUGCAGUGCAGGAAGAAGACACAUGAAUAAGUAACGAUGCCAUUCUCCAAACAGUUAUAUGACAGAAUGAAUAAUAAAUAAACAGCUAACCCAUUGUGACAUUGCACUUUUAUGUAUAUAACUGUACAUAUGGCAUGUAACAUCAUAACGUGUAGAGUUCUUUGAGGGCUUAUACCUCUGAGGAUUUCUUUCUAAUAAAGGAAAUAGUUUGUCGAGUCUGA